AUGAGAAAUUUUAACCCAAAGAACUACACGAUGAGCAGGGACAAGAUAAAGAAAAGAAUCGAUCGACUACAGAAAAAGGGAAACUGGACACAGAGUGGACCGGAAGUUUUCGAUCACAUUUCGAAUAUCAUCGACAAUUUGGCGAUGCCGACUGAUGAGGAUCUUGAAGGGGAAUCGCAGAGGAUUGCUGUCACACAAAAGAUUGCUGUCACUAACAAGAAAACGGCU